GACAACGUUCGACGAGUUCAGAUCAUCAGAUCAUCAGCCAAAGCAAACAGAAGCGAUCUCGCCAGCUCUAUAAUUCACAAGCAAACAAAUUAUAAAACAGUCGAAAAGUCCGCUGAUUUUUCACGUGGAAAACCCUGAACGCGCCCGCUUCGGUUUCAUAAGUUAUUAAAAAUCCAAAUAAUCAACAAACUGUUUAACAAAAAGCCUUUAAUGGAUUUUAAGUGUCAGUGACUCUUAUAUAUAAAAACAACAAAAACCCAAAACACAGACAAACGUGGCCGUAUAAUCAGCCAAGAAACCCGACAACAACAACAGCAACUGGUGGUGAUAAUAAAAGAACUUACAACAACACCGCCGAGAACCAGUAUAAAGUUCAAUAUAAAGUCGAUUCCAAAUUAAACAAAGGAGAAUCGUCGGCAGAAGCAACAAAAACAAGACUUGGUUUUGUCAUUCACGUAUUUUUGGUAAAUACACGGCAUUCGAAAUGGCAGCCUACUUGGAUCCCACUGGCCAGUACUGAAGGAGUGACUGAAGCUCAUCCACCAAGAACUCUUAGAAAAUCUCUAAAGACAAGUAACUCAUCAAGGACUUUCACAAUGGCCGCCUACUUGGAUCCCACUGGUCAAUAUUAAGGAAGAAAGAAACCGAGCUCACAAGUAUACUCUUUCAAGAAGCAAGUUUAAAGUAAAUCUCAUCAGCAUCAUGUCUCUGGCUCUGGAUCCCACUGGCACCUACUAAGCCAAUCUCUGCGAAAUACCAAUUUGGCCACACCAAAGGGCUGAAAACAGAAACUCAAUAUUAAAAUCAACCAAACCCCUCAAAUCACACACCUCCACUGCAAAAUGCUGGACCCCACAGGAACCUACAGGCGCCCCCGCGACUCGCAGGACACACGCCAGAAGCGGCGCCAGGACUGCCUGGACCCAACCGGGCAGUACUGAGCCAAUUCAGUGACAACAACAGCCCCAUUCAGCCUUUGCCUUAUUCACAAAUAUUUUUUGGGCAUGAUUGGGGGAGCGCGCUGGUUGCGCGUUCGCGGCCGC